AUGGCGCGGGCUGUGUCAACCAGGCUUCGAGCUUCUCAUGAGGAGUCCCGCAACUUGCUUGACAAGUCCAGGCGCCAAAGGUCAGCGGAACUGGAUUGGGUGCGCUUUAUGCUCCAGCUUGUGGCCAUGAAAAUGUUGCCUGCAGCAUGGGCUCACCAUCAUCGGGGAAUUUCCGCAUGGGUCGGCAGGCGCUGCGCCUCUAUCCAGCAUGACGUCAGAACUGAAGCUGCGGCUGAGACACAACAUCGCUACCUCAAGGAGAUAUGGGCUCGAAUGGUUCUGCUCCAGCUUCACGCCAAAGAAGGGAAACACCAGCAGGCUGCCAUUCGCCAACACAUCGGGGCAGCAAAGCAGGCAGCAUCGACAGCAGCAUUGAAAGCGGAUGAAACACUGGCGGAUUUGCAGCAGUGCAAGCGCGAGUUGGAAGCUCAAAGACGGCUUUCCAGAGAAGAGCGCUGGGCCCGAAUCACCCUGAGCAUCCUGCGCAGCUACCAGUCUGAUGCCAGCUUCACCAACCUGAAGACUGUCACCAGCCAAGCGGCAUCUCAGCGAAGGAUGUCAGAGCUCCAUCUUCAGCAAGUGGAGGCAGACCGCCAUGCGGACUCGCUACGAGCUCUUGAGGAGAUGGAUAUAGCCACAGCAAAAGCAGCUGCUGAAGUUGCAACCGUUGGCGUGCAAGAGGCAGCAAUGAGAAGGUGGCAGCUGCUGGUGCUGUUCACUUUCCAGCUACAGCAUCGAGUUUGCAACCAAUACGUGCUCAAUGCAGUGGCAACGCAGCAGCGGGCGGUCCAGCACAUAGCACUGGAAAACUCUACCAUGCGGCCACAUCUGGCUGGCUUACAAGCCGAAGUGGCGCUGGCUUGGUGGGCACGAUUUGCCACCUACCUUUACUUGCAAGCCACAGCACACGGGACUCGCCGAAUGUUGUCAGAUUUCAUGACAUUUGCACACGCUGGGACAAGAACUUCCUUUCAGCUCCAGUUGAAGCAAUCCACUUGUGCGAUGAAUUGGCACCGCCUCAGCCACAUCCUGACGAUGGAAGGCCCUUCCCAAAUGCUUCAUGUGCUGCGCGCUUCGCAGGAAGUUCAAAGCAGGAGACGCGAAGCUUUGCACGCCCAGCAAAUGUCCAAGAUGCAGGAAACGGUUCAGGCGCAUGCUGCGCAUGCCUUGGCAGCGCACCAGAUGCUCAUCCAGCAAUCCAAGCGGACACUUGUGCAUGUACGGCGUUUUGGGGCCUCUUCUUUGGCACCAACAGGUUUAGAAGAGCACUGUGAGUUGGCGCUGCAGCGCUGCGGAGACAUCUUGGGCCAAGAUGAGCAGUUCCCGGAACCAGAGGUGUAUUCCGAUAUGUUUGCAUUGGCUACCCCGCUGCUGGUGAGCGUGCAAGCAGGCAACGGUCACUUGAACAAGAGAUCAGCUGGCCGAGUUGAGGCAUUGUGGGCGACCGUUAGAGGGCUAGGAACGUAUCUGACAGAGUUCCCGAGUGUGGAGCGGCAUCCGCACAAGCCGAAGGGCAGCGCUGGGAAAGUCGAUUGGGAGCAGGCAGAGAAGUCGCUGCAGGUGGACAAAUCGGUCCAGCCAGUUGCAAACAUCACGGCCGGCGCCAAAGCAGCAAAGGCUGCCCUGGAGGAUUUCUGCAAGCGCCUCUCGAGGUACGACGCACAUCGUAACAAUCCAAAUGAAAAUGCCUUGUCUGGGUUAUCACCCUGGCUGCACUUUGGGCAAAUCUCUGCACAGAGAUGUGCUUUGCGCGUGCGCCAAAUUGGUGAAGCAAAAUCUGCAACAGCAAGCGAGAAGAAGAGCUGCGAGGCGUUCAUUGAGGAGAGCAUUGUGAGACGAGAACUGUCGGACAACUUUUGCUUCUACAAUGUGAAUUACGACAAAUUGGAAGGAGCAGCAAACUGGGCUCAGCAAACAUUGAAGGAUCAUGCCAAAGACAAGCGAGAGCAUGUCUACACCAGGGAGGAGCUGGAGAAUGCCAAAACUCACGAUGACACUUGGAUUAUGAUCUCCAAAGUUCCCAUUGCUCAGGGUGACUUACUCUUCGAGGAGCCACCUCUGCACAUUGUGGCUGAAGAAGCAGGAAACGAGGCGUUCAAGCUGGUACAGCGAUUGUGCAAAUCUGAACCCUCCGUUUUCGACUAUGAGCCGCUGUGGUACUGGACGGCACUAUGUUCCCUCACUGAGGAGCAGCUGUCGCCAAAACCAAAGAUAGGGUCAUUGAAGCCAGUGACACCUUUGCAGCAGAAGCGUUUGCUUUGCUUGUUUCACGAGCCGGUUGACGAGGCUUCAGAAGCAGUGAAGAAGCUGGUGAAGCAACUUGGCCUCUCCACGCCAGCAGUUCUUGUUGAGGAACUGUUGCAGGCUUGGAUCCUGAAUUGCUUUGAGCAUUCGGAGGAUCCCCUCGGUUAUUCUGCUUAUUUUGCAUCAUCCUUCGUGUCCCACUCCUGCGGCGCGAAUGGAAUUUGGAGCGAGGGGGAUGAUGGGCUUCACAUCCUCCGGGCCAGGCGAGACAUCGCUCCUGGAGACGAGGUGUGCAUUUCAUACCUUCCAGAGGAUGUGCUUCUGCACUCUGCCGAAGAGCGCAAGAAGUCGUUGAAGAGCACGAAGCAGUUCGACUGUACUUGCGAGCGGUGUGCACCUGCGCCACCAGAUGAGGCGGGUUGGGACCCGUGUCGCGGCUUUCGGUGUUCCAAAUGCGGGGCAUGUGAAGUCUUCCAUCCGCUUGUGUUUGAGGAAGGGCGGGGCCUCCAGCUUGUAGCUUGCAGAGCCUGCAAAGCCAAGGUAUCUUCAGCGGAGUCGAAGCGGCUACUACAAGCUGAAGAGGCGCUAGAGGCAGAGCUGAAGAAGUUGGAUGCAGCUUGCGAGGAGCGGCGUGGCAUCCACAAGGUUCUGAAAGAGACCGAUGCGAAGCGGCUGCUUUCAAUGAUAGGUGAUCAAGAGGGUGGAGUCGUUGGACCCCAGCACUGGCUUUGCGACAGACUCUGGGAACACCUGCAGAACUGGAGCAAACAGGCUGGCAAGUGGCAAGAUGAGCUGAGAUAUUUGGAUUUGAGAACGGACUACCAGCGCAAGGCAUACUUCCCUGGUCCGAGUGGGACGCUUGCCUGGACGCUCGAACACCAGGCAGAUCGACUGCUCGAGAUGCUUGGACAUGGCCCCUCAACCAAAAAGGUUGACGCCCCACAGGAUGUCCGCCAGAAAUUAGGCGCCAGGUUAGUGCCGAUAUAUCAGGAGUCUGGCAAGAUAUUGAAACUCAUGUUUGGAGCGCACCACGAGUACUUCCGUGCAGUAGAGAACAAGAUCACCAUCUCCAAGGCCUUCGCGCCGUCUCUCUGA